GAUGGGUCAGCAUCAAGUUCAAGCCCAGUUCAGCUCCAGCUCGGUUCCAACUACGCUCGUGACGUGGGGGGCCCGUGAUGCUGAGAGUGCGCAUCACCAAAUGGCUUCCUACUGAGCGCACAGUAUGCAGCCUUGCAGCCACGCCGUCAGCCACCAGAAACAUGCAUGCGCACGCGCACUCGCAACCUCAGCCUAGGCAUGGCACAUGGGAGACAAAGGACUAUCUCGUGCUACCACGCCAAGAGAUCAACCGCCUGUGCGCAUUCAUCCCCACGGCCAUGCUCAUGGGAGGCAUGCAUGUAAUAGGCAGCCUGUCGCCAUGGUCGCAACCCCAAGUGCAAGUCCCCGACUCGGACGGGCUGGUGCACCUGAUUUCCCCUCAUUGCACAUGGCAUCGUGGGGUUGCGCCAGAGGAGAGACGCUCUUCUUCCCCUCACCGGUCACCAGAAGUUGCACCGCGAGCUGCACCGCGAGCUGCACCACGCAGAACAACACCAGCGCCUCCAGCCAGUCCCGCGUCAUCAUCUAUCCAUCUCCAACGUUUCCCGGAGCCGCGCCCAAGUGGACCGUCUCCAGUUGACCCCCCGGUCCAGGCCUAGCCCCAAAACCCGGCGUGUUCCUUGUUCGCCGUCACGGCACUGGCUCUAGUUACCGUUUCUCGACAUCCCGUCGUCCGAAGACCAGCGUCGCCGGCCACUAUACUCGCAGCGCAGGCCUCAUUUUCGGAAGUCUACCGUGGCGCCCCCCAACAGCCGAACACACACGCUUUCGGUGUUGUUCCUGUACCUUGUUCCUUUUUGCAUGUGAGCCAUUUGUCCUCGGGGUACGCAAUCGCACCCAGACGCUGUGCAGUGUACAUUCAUUACCGGAGCCUCGUGUUGCCCUCACGCCCUCCCCUGGUCAUC